AUGGCAGAAAAUAACGCGAAGUGGUUGGAUGCAUCCUAUUAUCAAAAUAUACCGAAUUCAGAAGUAAAUUGGGCGCAAUUAGCACAAAAAUGGAUGCAAAUGCGCGAUGCCGGAGAAGUUCCUCCAGUAACAUCUGAUGAUUCUAUACCGCCACCGCCAAGCAAGGAGCCGCCACCACCGCAUCCGCCACCGGCAUCCGAUGGACUACCGGUAAAUGGGUCUUUUUUGCCACCUGGUGGGUAUUUGCCUACUAUGCCUGUUGAUGCUAAUUUUGCUGCACCAUCGCCUUGUUGGAUACCACCCUUACCGCCAAGUAAUUUCGGACCUCCAGCUGCCGGCGCAUUUCCUCCUUUUAUGCCACCAGUUCCGCCAUGGAUGGGCGCCACACCGAUGCCACCUGGUCCCUUUCCGCCAGCGCCUCCUUACGGUGAAGCAAAGAUAGGAAUUGACGAUGAGGAAGGGGGUGAGGCAAGUUUUUUUUAUUCACAUUAUUAUAAAGAAUGGGACGAGAAACAGAAAAGUGGUAGGCGUGAUAAUGAUUCGGAUGACUCAGAAACAGUUCCAGAAGGUGCUAUGGCUCAUUGGCUUAAGCCAGGUCCUGGUUGGGCGCCACCACCAAAUUGGUAUCAUCCUUCACGUCGUGAUUCACCUUCGAACUCUCAUCCUUUGCCUUUCAUCGAUCAGCAGACACGAAAAGCUUUACCAGCCUGGAUCCGUGAAGGUUUAGAAAAAGCUGAGCAAGAAAGGCAAAAAAAACAAACUAAAGAAGCCAAGUUACGAGCUGCUGAAGAAGCAGCAAAAGCUCGUCGUGCUGCUAAAGGAUUGGGAAAAUUUGAUUCUGAUAGUAGCGAAGACGAGAACGGGAACGAAGAUGCAAAAGAAAGAGCCAAACUUGAUCAAGAACCAGUGUUCCUCCAGAAAAAGAAAUUAGAGAAGCAACAGGAACAGCCGUCUAAGGACACAACGGAAAUUGAUUGUAGAACCGAAGAAGAGACACGAGAAGAUGCACUGAUGCUUUUGCGACGUUUCAUGACUGAAAUUUUGCUGGAAACAACGGAUGAUGAGUUGAAUCGUAUUGCUAGGGAACACAUUGAACUUGCUAAACGUUCUGCCCAGCCAAAAGUUCUCGCCCAAAGUUCGGCUCUCGCCGCUUUGUGUACACUUGGUGCUGAAAGCGAUGAUGAAUCGAGCGAAGAAACUGAUAUGAAGCAGUCGGACGAAUCCAAUAGUAAUACGAAAGGCGAAGAAUUCUCGAAGUCAAAUAUUAGUGGUGAUGGUAAUGAAGGUAGCAAUGAGGAUGAUGCUUUGUUCAGUGUGCCACUUCUUCCAGUACUAUCAUCGGGUGCUAAGAGUAAGGCCAAGUUAAGUAGCAAUGAUGGAUUCUCUUCUACAGAAUCCUCCCAAGGUGUUGAAAAGAAAAAAACUGCUGUCCAGGAAAAGAAGAAUGGCGAUGAUGCGUCGUCACGUGUUGCGAUUACGAAGAAUGAAAUUGAUGCAUACAAGGAAAUAGGUUGA